GAAAAACGUGGAACACACACGUCACUGUGGGUGUGUGGGUUGUGUCUGAGGGGGCGUGGCUUAACAGGCAGGACUUCCUGUGCUGACAGUUGAAAACAGCUCGAGCUCAGCUGAGCUUCACGAGCUUCAACACAAAGUGAGGACACAUGGAUGACAACACACCUGUGACUCUGAGGACUUUAUUAACGUGUGUCUGUCGGUGACACGCCCACCUGCCCACCUGUCCGCGCGCUCAGCAGGUAAACUCGUUAUUAAUCCGUCCGGUCAGAUUUGUUGACGCAGCGCGCGGAGAGCUGUGGAACAGAAAGUGACGUCAGCAGCGGAAGCCGGACCUGUUGGGUGUUUGAGUGUCCGACAGGAGAUGAAGGUUCACUGAGAGAGAAGGAAGGUCGAUGAUGGCGAGCCAGGCGUGGCUGGAGUCUUCUCUGCGGCGCUCUGCCAGUCUGGGUCGGGAGGUUCUGGAGCGAGCGUCCAGGAGGAGCGUCGACUGGACGAGCACCGGACCAUCCCAGACCUCCACCACCACAGACGAGGACACACAGAUCCCUGUCAAGAGGACACACUCAGAGCUGGACGACGUCUUUGGGACCAUCGCAGAGUUGAUGGCUCAGACGACUCAGCAGUGUAAGAGGUUUUACGAGUCUGGCCGCUGCUCUGAGCCCAGCCACGCCGAGAGGAACCAUGUGACCAGGUUUCACUCCCGACCAGCUGUGAGGACGACGACAGCUGCACAGUCACACAGGAAACACGUGAAGGCUCCGCACAGCAAAGGUCGUGUGUCGUCGUCAGGUGAAGAUUUCUUCAUUGAGGUCUCUCCAGGGACGUACGCCGUCACCGCCAGCAUGCCCGAGUUAAACCAGCAGACUCAGCUGGUCAGCGUCAGAGCGGGAGAAAGUGUCAGCCUCACCUUUGACCUCUGAGCUGUCACCUGAGCCAACAGGUGACCUCUGACCUCCAAUAACAGAACUGACCAGUAUUAAAGCUGUGUGUUUUUGUGCCAUAUUUUUACUGAGUGUUUUAUUAUGUAGAUGUUGUAUCUUUAUGAUGUUUGUACCUGCACCAACGCCACA